AUGGAUCCGCCUGUCGUCAACAAGAUAUCUGAGGAACUUGAUUUGAAACGCUCGAAGUUGGAUGACGAGGAGGAAAAAUGCGAGGAGAUGCCCUCUUCGUCUAGCGACGACUCCACGGAUUACGAUUCGGAUGAUGUUCGAAUGUACGACGAAGAAUUCAAAAGCCAUGGGCGACUUUGCUGCGAACCGGAAACAGACGGAGAAUUGAUCAAUCGAUUAUCGAAGACGGCUCUUGAUAAAUACAAUACUGAUAAGGGAAACAAUCUUGAAUUUGUGAAAGCAGUGAAGUCUAAUUGGAGUAUUGGAGAGGGACACAUUUUCUCAAUCACAUUCGAGGCCAAGGAUGCUUCUCAAAGUGAGCCUAUACCUUUCCACGCUCAGGUUGGUUACUUUCCAUGGAGAACAACUGUCUACGAUGUCAAGCCUAAACCAUGA